AGUAUAGGUCCUAAAGUAACGCCUUUUAAUGAGUAAUUGAUCGAUUGACAAGCGGUGGAUGCAUCAGAUGCUGGGCUUGACGACAGGCUUUGGAAUGGAAACGACCCCUUAAGCCUUUUUAAGCCCAUCUGCUCAAUCAUGCACAUCGCGUGAUUUCUCGGAAACAUGGAAAGCUUUUGAGUCACUGCCAGUGCUAUGCUGUGUUCAUUGGAAAGUCAUCUCUCCAUUCAAAUUUCUGAAUCCUGAAGAUAAGCUUGCUGUUAGCUGGGUGCAUUUUCGAGUUUUUUUGCUUAGUUUCUGAAGAGGGAAAGACCAAGUUUGAAUACACAAGGAUAUACAAAGCAGCAGCAUUUGUUUAUCGUAACGAUGAAAGCAUUUAAACUUUCGAACCUUUUACGUAGUGAUUCAGUGCCUCCCAGUUUCUGAAGAGGGAACGACUAAGCUUGAAGACCUAAGGACAUAUAGAGCAGAGCAGCAUUUGUUUAUCUUAACGAUGAAAGCGUUUAGACUUUCGAUUCUGUACGUAGUGAAUCAGUGCCUAACAGUGUCCAUUCAUGCUACAGUUUAUCCAAGUAUGACCGCUGCUCCAAACAAGUCCAUAGAAGCCGUCAUUGGUGAAACUGUGUCAUUUAGGUGGCACUACAAUUCAGGAGGUCUAAAGAAUGAUCUUUUCGAGGUUGUGUUUGGUAUUUGGAAGAGUCCUGGCUUCCUGAAAACAAAGUUGAUAGCUGUCAACUCGAGUGGUUUUGCCUCAACAAGGUCUUCAUAUAAAUCCUCCGUGGGUUGGGCAGGAAAUUUGACAUCCUCUGUUGCAGUGUUUGAACUUUACAAUGUAAAACUAAAAGAUAGCAAGAAGUAUGGAAUAGUGGUAGAAUACGGACUUCAGAAUACCCCGCUGACCGACUCGGUUCAGCUUCAAGUUAAGUCCAGACGCUCACCAGAAAUCACUACGCCACAACAGACAAGUGUCACAACAACUGCGAGAGCUACAAAUACAGGGUCUCCAGAUACGCCGAAAGAGCCCGACGUUUCGGUGCCAAGAAAACCAUCGGAAAAAUCCUCUUUUAAAUGGGCGGUGGCAUGUGGAAUCAUCGUCUGUGUUGUGAUAACACUCACUGCAGGCCUUUACUUUUACAGUCAUAAAAAGAGCCCUAAACAUGACGCAUAUAAUUCUAUCUUCACUUAAACCAACAAAAAAGGAAUUUUGCGUUUGAUUCUGGGUGACUCGUGCCAAGAAAAUUAGAAGGUCUAAACACCGUUGUCAUGAGCAUAAAUCCCAGUAUUAGGCCAUUGCCAUUUAUAACGGCUGGAAAUAUUGUUUAGAAACUGCUGAAAAAUUAAGAAGUAGGCAUAGCCAUGAAAUAGCUGAGAGAGUUGUAAACGUUCAAUGAAAACUAAGGCGUUUUAGGGCGGUCAGUCUGAAGCAUUAACUCAUUAUUUCAGUAUAGACCACAAUAGUUGCCAUUCCCUUCCAGUUCCAAUUUUUUCAGAAAAUUUUUUUUUUAAAUAUCAUAGCUAGUUUAGACUAAUCCCUUUUUCUCUGGGUAUCAUUCUCAUACAUUGAUUCUACUCAGUUCCUAGCCUCAACUGAAAAGUGUUCUAGCACAUGUUUUGAGGACGCACUAUCGAAGACUGAUGACUGUUGCGCCCAAAACAACCCUUUACAUUGAUUACUCCGUGUAAGAGUAGCUACCAUAAACAUUCGGGCUUAUACAGGGAGUCACUAAAAAAUUUGAAUUUAUUUCGCCUUAUCUUGUUGUGUAUGUAAGAAAUUAUAGCUAUGUCGUCGAAUGCUUAAUGUUAGGUAUUUCGAUCUUUAGAUUAUCCAUGUUUUAUCUGUUAAAAUUUUUAUUACCUUUUUUUAGAGGAAUUUAAAAUAAAAUUUUUUUUCAGAGA